UUCCGGUUACGGUUUUUUAAAGUUCCAAAACUACACUGUCUGUCAAAUUUGGAUAGCACAGAAAUUUUCGUCCUUCAUUUACGUACAGCCCCAUUCGUAACAGCCAACGACCAUGGCAGACUCCCAUGCCGACAAUAACACUUGCGUGGUGUGUUUCAAGAAUGUCUUGUACUACUCGAUUGGCGAGUGCGACCACCCCGUAUGUUUCGAGUGUUCCACUCGUAUGCGAGUGCUAUGUUUGCAGAACGAAUGUCCAAUCUGUCGGCAAGACCUGGCGAGGGUCGUGUUUACGGAGUCCGUCCUGCCUUACAAAGAAUUGCGCAAUCGUGUUUUUACGGACCGGUUGUUUGAAAGGCAGUUUAAGAUAGCAUUCUGUAGUCAGGAGAUAAAGAAUGCCUAUGAGGAACUCUUGGAGAACCGUUGCCGGCUCUGCAGCAAGCUGGCGCCGUUCAGGACCUUCACUAUGCUCAGUGACCACAUGCGGAAGGUCCAUGAGAGAUAUUUCUGUGAUCUUUGUGUUAAACACCUGAAGAUAUUUACAAAUGAGCGGAAAUGCUACACGCGGCAGGAACUCGCUCACCAUAGACGAAAAGGAGAUCUCGAUGACACCUCUCACAGAGGGCACCCUCUCUGCGAGUUCUGCGAGGAGCGCUUCAUGGACGCAGACGAGCUAUACCGGCACCUCCGUAAGGAGCACUUGUUCUGCCACCUCUGCGACGCUGACGGCAAGAAUCUGUACUACGCAUCUCACGUGGCGCUGGCCCAUCACUUCCGGACGGACCAUUAUCUGUGCGAAGAGGGCGAGUGCGCUGGACAGCAUCUUACGGCUGUGUUUCGGAGCGAGAUUGAUCUUAAAGCCCACAAGGCGACGAUUCACGGGCGCAACAUGCCGCGCGGCGCGGCGCGACAAGCGCGGACAUUGGAGCUGCAGUUCAACAUCACGCCGCACCCGCAGGCCCAACGGGCUCCUAGGGACCGCGAGCGCGAAAUGGAGCGCUCUAUAAGCCCCCCGCCACCCGUGCAGCAGGCGCAGCGCAUCGACACCCGCAGCGACGAGCAGUUCCCCCGCCUGUCGGCGGCGCCGCAGACGCCUAACCUCGUGCUCGGCGCCGGACACAAGGCCUACAAAGGAGGCGACGGGCUAGCACGCACGGACCGCAACUUCCCUGCGCUGGGCCCCGACAGCGGCCCGGCGCCCGCGCCCGCCGCCUCGCAGCGCGCGCCGCCCGUCGCCGCCACCAUACUGCGGAACUCAAAACCCAGCAUGUCAAUCCAGCUGCACAGCCAGCCGACCUCCGCGAGCAACUUCCGACUGACCCAAGCGUCCGGCAGCCGCGUGUCCAUCGCGGCGCGGCGGCCGCUGUCCGACGACUUCCCCACGCUCCCGCCCGGCGCGCGCGACGACCACCCCAGCGUCGGCGCCGCCACACACCAGCCGCCCAAGGUCGCCAUGAUCAACCGCCAAGAGAUGGAAGCUCUAAAGAAAAGCACGUCUAACUCUCAACCGAAGAAGGCACCGCUCAGCAGCGAGGCCUUCCCCGCGCUGUCGGGCGGAGGCGCGCCGUCCGCGCCGCCGCAGUGGCUCGCCGUCUCCAAGCAGAAGGAGAGGCCCAAGCCCCGCGCCGAGCCGCCGCCGCCCCGGCAGCCGGCCUUCAACCCGGCCGCGGACUUCCCCGGCCUCCCCGUCAACACCAAACAGAAGGCUAAGAAAAUGCAGCAACUGGUCCAGCCGCAAGCCAGGCCGCCACCCCAACCCCAGCCUAAGCCGCACCCCGUCCCGACUCCUCCCACAAACUCGGACGCCAAACUCACCAAGAAGGAGAAGAAGAAGCAGAACAGCGCGAGAAAGGAAAACGUCUACGAUAUAGACUUGACCCUCGUCAACGGAAUGGAGGAUCUAAAAUAUAUGGAUCCGACCACGCUGGCGGCCUCCGCGAACACGCCCACUCAACACCGGAACAUCAAAACCAUAGACCCGGUCCCCGUCAACGAGAAAGAACGCAACGGGGGGAACGGAGAUUUCUCCUUAGCGGCCAAGGAGUUCCCGUCGCUCUCAAAAUCUAAGAACGUAGCGCCGGUUAAUAACUUCGCGGUGCCCAUGAAAACUGUCCUGCAGCAGACUAAGAAGAGGGUGCCGAACGGCGUCCCGCCCGGCUUUAAAGCUAGGCCGGCCUGCGACGGGAUGACGUUCACGAACUCCUCGGGGCAGACGUUCGACGCGCCGGUGCACUCGUACGUCCCGCCGCUGAACUUCGAGAACAGGAACCGCGCGCUAGUGAACAAGUUCGCGGCCGCGCUCGGCAGCGCGGAGGCGAUGGAGGACUUCAAGGUGGCCUCGCGCGCCUUCCGGGACGGCCUCAUCGGGGCCGACGAGUUCCACGCGCACUGCGAGGCCGCGCUCGGGCCGCAGAUGGAGGCGCUGUUCGCGGAGCUGGUGGCGCUGCUGCCGGACAUCGGGAAGCAGCAGGAGCUGGUGGUGGGGCGGAAGGUGGCGCUGGACACGUGCGUGGCGUGCGGCCAGCUGCUGGCGGCCGCGGACCGCGCCGCGCACCACGCCAAGCACUGGCCGCCGCUCGGCCGCUAGCUUCCUCGCCGGACUCGCCGACACCAAGCGUCACCG